GACAAGACUUAAACCUUCAGAAGAACAGAAGAUAAAGAAAAGGCAACCAUGGUGAAGAAAGUGGCCAUCAUUGGAGCUGGCAUCAGUGGCUUGGCAUCCAUCAGGAGCUGCCUGGAAGAGGGGCUGGAGCCCACCUGCUUUGAGAAGGGCGAAGACAUCGGGGGCCUGUGGAAAUUCUCGGACCAUGCCGAGGAAGGCAGGGCCAGCAUUUAUCGGUCAGUCUUUACCAACUCUUCCAAAGAGAUGACAUGUUUUCCAGACUUCCCUUUUCCUGAUGACUUUCCCAACUUUAUGCAUAACAGUAAGCUCCAGGAAUACAUCACUGCGUUUGCCAAAGAAAAGAACCUCCUGAGAUACAUUCAACUUAAGACACUUGUAUCCAGUGUAAGUAAACGUCCUGAUUUCUCAGUCACUGGCCAAUGGGACGUUACCACUGAAAAGGAUGGUAAAAAAGAAUCAGCUGUCUUUGAUGCUGUAAUGAUUUGUUCUGGACAUCAUGUGUACCCCAACCUACCAAAAGAGUCCUUUCCAGGUCUACAACUUUUUAAAGGCAAAUGCUUGCACAGCUGGGACUAUAAAGAACCAGGAAUAUUCAAGGGGAAGCGAGUCCUGGUGAUUGGCCUGGGAAAUUCGGGCUGUGAUAUUGCCUCAGAACUCAGCCACACAGCUGAACAGGUCAUCGUCAGCUCCAGAAGUGGCUCCUGGGUGAUGAGCCGGGUCUGGCAUGGUGGCUAUCCAUGGGACAUGAUGUUUAUCACUCGAUUUGAAACCUUCCUCAAGAACAACUUACCAACAGUCAUCUCUGACUGGUGGUACGUGAAGCAAAUGAACGCAAGAUUCAAGCAUGAGAACUAUGGCUUGAUGCCUUUAAAUGGCACCCUGAGGAAAGAGCCCGUGUUCAAUGAUGAGCUCCCGGCUCGCAUUCUAUGUGGCACUGUGACUGUUAAGCCAAAUGUGAAGGAGUUUACAGAGACUUCGGCCAUUUUUGAGGAUGGGACAGUGUUUGAGGCCAUUGACUGUGUCAUCUUUGCAACAGGCUAUAGUUAUGCCUACCCCUUCCUUGAUGACUCCAUCAUUAAGAGCAGAGACAACGAGGUCACCUUAUUUAAAGGCAUCUUCCCGCCUCCACUGGAGAAGCCAACCAUGGCAGUGAUCGGCCUUGUCCAGUCCCUUGGAGCUGUCAUCCCCACAACUGACUUGCAGUCUCGCUGGGCAGUGCAAGUAAUAAAGGGAACUUGCACUUUGCCUUCUGUCAAGGACAUGAUGAAUGAUAUUGAUGAAAAAAUGGGGAAAAAGCUCAAAUGGUUUGGCAAAAGCGAUACCAUACAGACGGAUUAUAUCGUUUAUAUGGAUGAACUUGCCUCCUUCAUUGGGGCAAAGCCCAACAUCCCAUGGCUGUUUCUCACAGAUCCAAAGUUGGCCUUGGAGGUUUACUUUGGCCCUUGCAGCUCAUAUCAGUUUAGGCUGGUGGGGCCGGGGAAGUGGCCAGGAGCCAGAAAUGCCAUCCUGACCCAGUGGGACCGGAUAUUGAAACCCACGACGACAAGAAUUGUUGGGAGUCCUCUGAAGCCUUGCUUAUUUUGCAGUUGGUUCAGGCCCGUUCUUAUUUCUGUUCUGUCAAUUGCUGCUUUCCUUGUGUUGUUCUAA